GAAGCGCCGAGGCUGCCUGACUGGAAUGAGGGUAGCUGCGGCGACUGCGGCGGCGGGAGCGGGGCCGGCCAUGGCGGUGUGGACGCGGGCCACCAAAGCGGGGCUGGUGGAGCUGCUCCUGAGGGAGCGCUGGGUCCGUGUGGUGGCCGAGCUCAGCGGGGAGAGCCUAAGCCUCACGGGCGACGCUGCGGCGGCUGAGCCCGAGCCGGCUCUGGGGCCGGCAGCGGCUGCCUUCAACGGCCUCCCGAACGGCGGCGGCGCCGGCGACUCGCUCCCGGGGAGCCCCAGCCGCGGCCUGGGUCCCCCGAGCCCGCCCGCGCCGCCGCGGGGCCCGGCGGGCGAGGCGGGCGCGUCGCCGCCCGUGCGCCGGGUGCGGGUAGUGAAGCAGGAGGCGGGCGGCCUGGGCAUCAGCAUCAAGGGCGGCCGCGAGAACCGGAUGCCGAUCCUCAUCUCCAAGAUCUUCCCGGGGCUGGCGGCCGACCAGAGCCGGGCGUUGCGGCUGGGCGACGCCAUCCUGUCGGUGAACGGCACCGACCUGCGCCAGGCCACCCACGACCAGGCCGUGCAGGCGCUGAAGCGCGCGGGCAAGGAGGUGCUGCUGGAGGUCAAGUUCAUCCGAGAAGUAACACCAUAUAUCAAGAAGCCAUCAUUAGUAUCAGAUCUACCAUGGGAAGGUGCAUCUCCUCAGUCACCAAGCUUUAGUGGCAGUGAGGACUCUGGUUCUCCAAAACACCAGAACAGCACCAAGGACAGGAAGGUCAUCCCUCUCAAAAUGUGCUUUGCUGCUAGAAACCUAAGCAUGCCGGAUCUGGAAAACAGAUUGAUAGAACUCCAUUCUCCUGAUAGCAGGAACACGCUGAUCCUACGCUGCAAGGAUACAGCCACAGCACAUUCCUGGUUCGUAGCUCUCCACACCAACAUAAUGGCUCUCCUCCCACAGGUACUGGCUGAACUCAAUGCCAUGCUUGGUGCAACCAGGACGGCAGGAGGCAGCAAGGAGGUCAAGCACAUUGCCUGGCUGGCAGAACAGGCAAAACUAGAUGGUGGAAGACAACAAUGGAGACCUGUCCUCAUGGCUGUGACUGAGAAGGAUUUACUGCUUUAUGACUGUAUGCCAUGGACAAGGGAUGCCUGGGCAUCACCGUGUCAUAGCUACCCUCUUGUUGCCACAAGGUUGGUUCAUUCUGGCUCCGGAUGUCGAUCACCCUCACUUGGAUCUGACCUUACCUUUGCUACCAGAACAGGCUCUCGGCAGGGCAUUGAGAUGCAUCUCUUCAGGGUGGAGACACAUCGGGAUCUGUCAACCUGGACCAGGAUACUUGUUCAGGGUUGCCAUGCUGCUGCUGAGCUAAUUAAGGAAGUCUCUCUAGGCUGCACGCUAAAUGGCCAAGAGGUAAGAUUCACUGUCCACUAUGAAAAUGGGUUCACUAUCUCCAAGGAAAAUGGAGGUUCCAGCAGCAUACUGUAUCGCUACCCCUUUGAAAGGCUGAAAAUGUCUGCUGAUGAUGGCAUCAGAAAUCUGUACCUGGAUUUUGGUGGUCCUGAGGGAGAACUGACCAUGGACCUUCACUCUUGUCCGAAGCCGAUCGUUUUUGUAUUGCACACGUUCUUGUCAGCCAAAGUCACUCGCAUGGGACUGCUCGUAUGAGCAGCACAAAAUCAGAAAAGAGUCAUGAAUGUCACAAGAAGUAUUUCCACCUCAAAAAAAAAAAAAAAAGCACAAAAAGAAAGCUCUUUGCUCUCCCCUCCAGCACAGUGCCUUGACAAGGACCUGCAGAUCACUGCUGACCAGUAACCGUGUUUAAAGAAGAGCCUGCCUUUCACAAGCUACCUUGGCCAGAAAUUCUAGGACUCUAAUAAGUUCCAAACGAAGCUGUUGAUUUAUUGCCUCAUUUCCUAAUGUGGUUUCUAAGUCACUAGGUUUAUUUCCCCUAUGAAGAAGGAUGGCUCGUUGUGGGUUUUUUGUUUUUUGUUUUUUUGGACAUAAUCAAAUAUCCAAUUUUUUUGGACAUAAUCAAAUAUCCAAGAGUUGUUUUCAUUUUCUUCCUACAGGAUUCGUUCCAAGCUUAGCCUUGACAUCUUGCUUAGUUCAACCAUCUCUUGCCACAUGCUAGUUUACAGCCACCUGUGCUUGGCCAUUCUAGAUAGGUCAGAUGUGGUCUUGGAGCUUACUGUCACAUAAUCCUUCCACCCUAGGAAGUCCUUGAAUUUCACACCAAAGCGUUCUCCCAUCUGUCCUGGCUCUCCUGCAUCCCACCCUGGCCAUCACUUUCCUACCACAUCACGAGCUUUGCCACUCAUAAGUGCUAACUUUAGGACUUAGAACUUGUGAAAUUUGAUUUGCCUUGCCUUCCACUCCCUUUCUAGUGGCGACCAAGUUGGAAACCACUGAUUUGAAAGAAGAGGUUUGCUUGUUUUAGAUUUUUCUGAUUUAUCUUUGGUAGGAGCCAGGUGAUAAGAUUUCUUUUAAAAGAAAAUCCUCAUUUUAGCCUAAGCCAUUUUUUAUUGCUUACCAAAUGUGCCUUUGGUUAGGGUUAGUGGAGCUUUAUUAGUCACUAUUUGAAUAACUGGAUAUCACUGCCGUUCCAGGGAGAGCAUCCAUCUUAGUUUUGAGGAAUAGUCUUUGAGAUGGGUUUCCUUAGGAGUAUCUUUUCUAGUGGGCAGAUCUCAUUGAGGAAGAUAAAUCUUGGAGAGCCCACUUGUUUAAAGAGUAGGCUCUGUAAAGCCAGCUCUUCAGCACAAACAUCCGGUGGAGUUGCCUUGGGCUUUGUGGGCCCAUGCUGGAUCCUGGCCCUUUUGUCCUCUCCCUUUGUGGCAGCAGAGUGGCAUGGAUAGGCAGCUGCUAAUUCAAGACUCACUGUUGGCUUAGUAAUGCAUUCUACAGUGGGCGGGUGACGAGACCACGGAACAGCUACCUGGAUUUUGCUAAGCAUUGCCAGAUGUCAUCAUUAUGACUUAGUAGCAGUAAGAUUGCUGGUUUUGUGGUAUCAAAGAAUCACACUCAGCUUGUUUUUCCUAAUUAUGAAGGAGGUGUAUAUCUGAAAACAUUUAAAAUAGGAUAAUAGCUAUAUAAAAUGUCAAGAUUACUGCAGUCCCCAGAUCUGAAAGAAAAGGGAAUAUUGACUUGAAUGUUCUCUGAAGAAAAGUCUAGGAAUAGUUCUCACUUACUAGAUUUAUUAGGAGUACUAUAAGAGGAUGUGAGCACUUCAGAGAGUGGAGGAGGGUAGCACUCCAUAUAGGGAGGAAAAACCCCACAACCAUAAAUACAAAACAUGAGCUGUUUGGUGUGAGUGCAGACUGACCUAGGUGGGACAUUUGAAAGAGCAGACUCAUGAGCAGAGAGUUUGAGUUAGACAUUGUAACCCCACUGUCUUUCUUCUGCCCAUAAGUCAGUCCUCCUUCCCUUUGUACAGUGAGAUUAACCACACGCAGGGGCUGGGGAGAGAGAACUGAUAACUGUUCUUCCCCCAGCUACAGUUCCAAAAAUAAAUGACUUGAUCCACUUAAAACUGGAAAUUGGAAUCUAGACUAGAAUAUGUCUUUCAAGAACUUUUUUUAUGUUUUAAAGAUUCAUAAACCUAUGUUUGGUUUCAUCUGAAGUAAAUUUGCAAGGGAAGAAAAAAAAUAUCUUGAAGGUCCAGCUGUGAUUUCUGGAAGCAGAAUUUCAACACCUAAUACCGUCAGAUAAGGGAGCUUAGACACUCUUUGCAGUGAGAGCAUUAUUAACCUGAAAAGUUGCACAAUGCAGUCACAGAUUUUGCAACAAAGCCAUGUGGUUGAGGUUUUCUUGGUUAGUGUGAAAGGCUAAGCCACUGAGAAAUUUUUCAGGCAGAACUUCUGAGCCCCCGUGCUCAUCAGUUACAUGAAAAAGAUCUCUAAAAAAGGUGUGAUAAACAUGUGAGCCGGAGAAGGUAAAGUGUGUGAGCCAUUUUGGCUCAUUUUGUUCAAGCUUGGUUUUUUAAAUCUUUUGAGUCUUAAUGUGAAAUGAAAAUGUGUGGGAGAUUUCCUUUGACCACUAGCACCCCCAAGAGCAAGAGCCCUUAAGCUGCUUGUGUAACAUCAACAGCUUUCCAAUCAUGGGUGACCAGCUUGUUCUUCAAUUAAGUGUGUUUAUGGAAUUUUCAAACCACAAAUGAAGUGCUUUUUAUGAAUAGGACAGCCUUGAUAAAUAUGUAUUUUGUAUUAAGAUGCCAAAAUAUGGCAAAUUAUUUUAACUAAAAAUGGGCAUUUGGGGUAUUUCACACCUUUUAUAGAACAGCUUAACUUGUCAUUUCUUUUUCAUUUUGAAUUAGGAAAAUUGCUGAGAAUGUUGUGGGCUUCCAUGUAUAGAAUGGAAAAGAAGCUGCAGAGUAGUAUCCACCUCAUCCCAAUGGACCCAAUUCCUGUGCCCUCAACUACCCCCCAGACCUGGGGCUUAGACAUCUUUCCAUAUUCCACACAGAUGUCUACAAGUAGCCAAUUGGCAUGUGAAAAUUCUUCCUCCUCAUUCCCUAAAAUUUCUCCCUUUCCUCUCGAAAGAAAGAACCAAUGAAAGAAAGAAAGAAAAAGAAAGAAAGAAAGAAAAGGCUCAGUUAUUCUUUUUCUGAAAAAGGUAAGCCCUUUCAUGAAUUUAUCAAACAAACCUUACCUGGAAAUUAAUAUCUAAUAUUUUAUAUGAAGAAAUACUUUAAUGUAUGUUUAUACAGUAUUUAUUAGAUACUUAUAACUGUAAACUCACCUACCUAGUAGACAGUUACAGAUUAAAUAUUGGGACAUGUACAAGCAAUCAAAAAUAUUACUUUAAAUGUCAUUCACCUCUUUUAAAGCCGUGUUUUAGCACUUUUUAGGCUAGGUAAAGUCUGAUAGUGCCUGUUUUUAUCAGCUGUACCCUCACAAACGUUGUUAUGGAACAUUAUUGGAUGGCAGGAGAGAUUGAAUUAUUUAUUUCUUAUAUUUUUAUAAGUGGAAAAAUUUAACCAACAAAUGAUUAAAGUUGUCACUGAUUAUUUGUUUUCCUAAUUUAUCUUCCUAAGCAGAAUGGUAACAAAGCUUUUUUCAGCUGAUUAAAUGCACUUAGCUAAUAAACCAAAAUUUAUUCUUUAAAAAAAUUAAACUGUGUGGAAUCUGGACAAGAUUAUGUUUUUCCCAGAAAAAGUUUUCACUGUAAAUGGUUUUGAUGGACAAAAGUGUGACCACUUCUGAGAAAAGGUUACAAUGGAUUUUUUUUUUUAAUUUUGUGAGAUCCUCCAGGUCUUCUUGUUUAAUUUAUGUGCAUGUGGUUAUAUUUGUAUGUUUUCAAAAACAUGGAAGAAUCUCCAUGUUUUUAACGCAAAUUAUAUUGUAAGCUGCUAUGCAAAUUCUAUUAAAAGCCCUACCUACUUAAAAGUUAAACAUUUUUGAAGAUUUCAGGGAAGACCUGUAGACUUAAGCACUUUCUCUGCUUUUUUGUAUCUUAUCUUGGACACUUACGCUGAACUUUGUUCUUAUUAUUUUCACUGGUUAUAAGCUAUUGAUUGUACAUAAUAUUGAAACUAUCCAAAUAUCCAGCAUACAUUUCCCUGUCACUGCCAUCCAUCAUUGACACCCUGAAUGAAUGGCUGGGUGGAAAGCCAAAGGUCAUCUUUUUUCAAUUGCUAAUGAAGACGUAAAAUGCCAGGUCUCUUUGGUCUCAAAGCAGAUUGCUCUAGUCAGAUCAAGUAUCUAUGUAAGGAAAAGAGAAUUCUUUAAAUUUGGGAUUCCGCUAGGGGCGCCUGGGGGCUCAGUCCUUAAACGUCUGCUCAGGUCAUGAUCCCAGGGUCCUGGGUUGGAGCCCCAUGUCGGGCUCCCUGCUCAGCAGAGAGCCUGCUUCUCCCUCUCCCGCUCCCCCUGCUUGUGUUCCUGCUCUCGCUGUGUCUCUGUCAAAUAAAUAAAUAAAAUCUUAAAAAAAAGAAAAGAAAAGAAAAUUUGGGAUUCUGCUUAAACUUUAAGUUUAAGUUGAAUUUGACCAUAAUCAUAUUCACUCUUUUUGUAUGUAUAUCUCUAUCAGGUCUAUAAUGUACCAGGUGGUAUUAUAUUAUAUUCUGUCUUAAGUUUGGAAAUCUCAGUUAAAUUUAAAUUGUUAUUGUGGCUUUUUUAUUCCCCCUCCUGAAGAUGAAAGCAGAGGAAUCUGCCAUUUGCUACUGUUCUCUCUCUCUCCCAAGAUUGCUUGGUAAUCUAGAAUUCUUUUACUUUCUACAUACUGUCUAAAAACUGACAGCAGCAGUCUCUCCCCUCCCUCCUUUUUUAAAGCUGUCUCCUUCCCUGUGCUGAGUAUAUAGACAAUAAAUGUGUGAUGGCAGACAAUUAUAAAGUAAUUAUGUUGUGUAUCAGGAUUAUGUGUUUUUGAGCAAUAUAGCUACUCCUAUCACGUAAUGAUAAGUGAAACUUAUGCUGGAAAUAGACUGCUUAGUGGCAGAUUUGAAACCAUUUCUCUAAAAAAAAAAUAGAUCUGUUAGAUCAAUGAUAACAGAUUCAUUCUAUCAAAGGAUAGAAUUUCAAGUUAAAAUAAGGUACCAAAAAUAGGUUCAUAGAGCACACCUGUACAUCUAUUGUUUGUUGUUGGUUUUUUUUUUACAGUAGCUAAACUACCAACUAGAAGAAUGGUUUUUAUGUAUUAACUCAACAAAAUAUUUUAAUAAGAUUUCUUCUUUUGUUUCAAAACUGAUAAACUUGAGCUUAAUCUCUUGCCACCUCUAUUCUUCCCACUUCAGGUGACUGAACCAAAGCAGACUUAAGUUUUGAAAGUGAAUCUACAUUUCGUGUGAUUCAUAAAUAAUGCCAUUUGCAAAUGAUCCUUGCUCUCUAAUGAACAUUUGGCUAUAUUCAAAAAAAACCUACCCUCCGAACUGUAAUCCUUGAAUUGCUCCAAAAUAGAUUGGUUGAAACUAAAAAGCUAUAAUAGAGAAACGAUGCUUUAUUAUAUUGUAAGAUUAGCUACCCUGGUAGAUUCCUAGUACCUUCCUCAUUUCUGUUGUUAUCUUACCUCCAUGCUAUUUACACAAAUGCUUUGUUUUAGUGUCCCUCUUUAUCCCAGUCACAUAUUAUACCCUUGGAACCUGAGCGCUCUGUCACCUCUUCCAAAGUGAUAGAAGUCUCUUGUGAAUAGACAAAAUGUUCUUUGGGGGCCUGGAGGAACUCUGAAACUGCAAGGCUAAUUAAUGACAUAUUAAUUCAAGUAUUGUUUCAUCUAAUAAGCAUUUAUUAGGUAUUCUGAAGGGUCCAAAAGAAAGUUCCUGCCCUCAAGUAGCACAUAAUCCAUUAUUUCUCAUUUACACCAUGCCAUCUAUCAAUCAAUCAGUGGUUAAGUAACUAACCACUUCAUACUUUUACCAAAGUACCUCUGCAGUUCUGCUCCCCUGGCUGACUGGAAAACGUUUAAAAUGAUGCUUGGUCUUUGGUGCAUGCCGACAUGAAAGAACUCCAAGCACAUUUAAGUAGGUCAGUCUUUUUAUUAUGCUUAAUUUUUUUAAUGCAAAAUUAGACUUUUUGGCUCAGUUGGUGGGGCAUGCGACUCUUAAUCUUGGGGUUGUGAGUUUGAGCUCCAUGUUCGUUGUAGAGAUUACUUAAAAAUCUUUUUCAAAAAAUCAGACUUUAGUUUGGGAAGAACAGUGUAGAAUAUCCCUAGGAAUAAAUUACAACAACAACAAAAGCUCUUUUGCCCAAAGUGGAUCAACAAGAAAGUCUUUUUAAAGAAAUGCUUUUUAAACUAUAAAAUAGCAAAACUGAAUGUAUAUUUCAUCUACACCUAUUUCUAAAUUGUGCUGAUGCAUGCAUUUCCACACUUACACCCUUUAAACAUCUCAUUUGCUGAAAGUCCUUAUCCAUGGUAAAAGCAACAUUUGUCUGUAAUGGUGUGUCAAAAUGAAGAUAUUUUAAACCUAGCAAAAUUCCACUUAUUCUAGAACACUCUGACACUCAAACUCAAUAAAAAGGACACCUAAAGGAAACAAGGAAGGCUAGUUGAAUUUUUCCAUAAUUUUCAUACAGUGACAGCCCCCUCCCAUCCAUCUUGCCUUCCAUUUAUUACUAGGGUCAGUUUUUAAGGCAGCAUCCUUCAUCAUACCCAGAAAGUACCUCAGUCAUCUGUGAUUGGAAUGGCACAGGGCACACAGUAACGUGGGCUCCUUCCCCUUUGUUUUCCAGCGUCCCUAAGUAGUGCACACAAAUUAGGUCCUGCCUUCAGUGUGUCCUCCUUUAAAUCUACGCUUUGACAAUCAGGUGCUAAUGAUUCUAUGUUACUGGAACCAGAACAUAAGUAUUGUCGUGUGUCUGUUCCUUCUAGAUUGGCAGAAGUGCUUUCCUUCCAUCUUAGUCCUGUUCGAGAGGAUACCAGUUGUGUUUUUCACCUGUUUUGUGAAUUGCUAAAAUUUGGGGGAGAGGAAAUGAUUUCAACUAAGUUUUGGGUUUCGCACAAUCAUCAAUCUCAGUGAUAUUCUUCACACCUGUAGCAAGUCUGCCCUGAUUACAAGAACCGAUUUUAGUUUUGUAAUUUUUUUCUCCAGCAUAAGACUCCAGUAUUAUGUUUACAAUCUGUUGGAUGUGUUCAGCAUGGUAAGACCUUGGUGCCCAAAGAAUCUGUUUCCCUUUUGGUACCAGACCCAAGAUCUUCUAGAAGAUAAUGUGGCAAACCACUACCUAUGAAGGCCUAUUUUGGCUAAUCUGUGGGCAAAUUCUGAUUAUACCCCCUUGUAUGUAUUUUGUUCCACACAACUUUCACUUUUGUUAAGUAUUAAGUCUUCGAAAUCUAGAAUAAUUCUUCUACAAGAAAUUAAAAGAAUGUGAUAUUCUGGUUUUUUCUUCUUUGAGAACCCUGUAUUUAAACAAGACUUCUUUUUAAGUGUUGUUUAAAAUUUAGUUUUCAAAUCUUCUGGUAUCACCAGACUACCAAAUCAAAACUUAUGGCAUAAAACAGGGCAGUAUUUGUGUUCUUAAGAAUUAAAAAAAGCUUUAUGUGUACUCUAUAAAUAUAAAUGCAUAAACAACACUUCCCCUUGAGUUGCACAUCAACAUACAGCAUUGUACAUUACAAUGAAAAUUUGUAACUUAAGGAUAUUAUAUAUAUAAAUACAUAUAUACCUUUGUAACCUUUAUACUGUAAAUAAAAAAAAUGCUUUUA